CUGAAUACCAAUAGAUUUUGCACGUCGUUUUCCGAGCGUCAAAGUAAACAACAAGUCAGAGUUGUGCACAUUAGGCGUGACCAGAAUAUCCGGGAUGCAGCAUAUUUGUAACCGGAAGUAGCGGAAACUAGCGGAUAUUGCUGACAUCGCCCUGUCGUUAUGUGUUCUGUCCUGUAGUAUUGCGACGAACAGACGAGAAGUAUGAGCCGGAUUGCAGUAACGGUCGUCAUUUUGGCUUGGCUGUCGCUAUUCUUACACGCAGGAAUAGGCAGAGUGGAUGCGAACAGUUCGUCUAUGGCUAGUAAUGUCGUUAGUGCUACGCCUACACCAGACCUAGGGAUGGGCGGUGUUUCUGGCACUGAUGCAAAACCAAUUCAUUCCAUGGCAAUUACAGAGAGACCAACUACAGAAAUGCCAACUACAGAAAAGCCAACUACAGAGCGACCAUCUACGGCGGGUGCAAGCACGGCAGGAGACAACAGCACAACAGCAGCAGGUUCCACUGACGCCACCAGCGCUGGUGUAACAAACACAACUGGGGAAACAGACCAACAAGACUGUUCUCGAAGUGACUGUUGUGACAACACGUAUUGUGUGGAAAAUAAAUUAUGUACCUGUGGUUGUGAUAUCAAGCCACUGUGUGCACUUAUUGUGGAUAAGAAAAGCAAGGAAGGGGUGGCCAAACUGGAUUUUAACAAUCAAUGCUCCAUUAAAGUUUAUAACGAUAAGAAUACUACACAUACGGCCCACAGAUUCUACUAUGAAGAAUGUGUUUAUGAAAGUGAUUACUGGGAUGGCUCGAGGGUUUUUCCGUUAGUUGUUGGAAUCUAUGGUGCUAUUUUGAUUCUACUGGCAAUUGCCAUUGCGGUGCUACAUGGAGGUGUGUCAGGAGAAUAUUCUGUCACGAAUCCUGAGUCAUCUACUGUAGUAAAGAAUCAAGCCUAUGUUGGAGCUCAGUAACUGGUUUACUUGGUGGUUGGCAGGAAAGGAGUUGAGAUUUAUCAUGUUUUUGAAAUGUAACAAUCUAGACUAUUACUUAUCACAACUAAACAGCAUGUAAUAGUAUAUACAACUUAUGUCUGUCUAUAGCUACAUAUGAUUGCUUGACAUAUAAUUGCUUGACAAA